AUGUUAUUACCGUCCGCAUUUGCCUGUGGCGACUCGCAAUCACUUUCCCAACAAUCUCGAAAUCGCCAUAUUCUGUUCGCAUCGCCGCCUCUCUCACCGACCCCUUCACCAUCUUCCACACCGCCCACCAUUGGCAAUCUAUUCCAAUCAUGUCGCGCUCUACAAUCUAUGCUCACAACCCCAACACAACUCCCUUCGCCACCCACACUACAUGCCGAUAUUCCUUCAUCGCCUCCCAUGACUCGAAACUCUCAUGCGAAACUCAGAUUGCGCAUACCAUCUCCAUCAAAUAGAAUCAAGCCGGAAGCCAGCGAUUCAAAGCGCAUAGCUAAGCGAACGCAAAGAGAUUCAUCGCGGGGAAUUCAUAAGAGGAGGAGAGCGAUGGAGGAGGAUAAGGAUACGAGCCGGGAGAUGCUGGGUGAUGUUUCGGAACAAGAGCUGGAAGAUGGAGCAGUUCAAGAGCCUAGUACGCCGAAACGUAGGCGGAGGAUUGCACCAGAGGUAUUGCCUUUGGGGUUGGAGAGGAGUGAUUUUCAUACUUUGCGCUUGGCUGAGAUGGAGAAUGUUGGUGGUGAUGAAGCAUUUGUCUUCAAAGCCGGGGGUAGUUCACAGCACAUUGAGAGUGAAACGCAGAGAGGUGAAGGGGAAGAAAAAGAUGGGGAGGAAUGGUCAACGGAGGAAGAUAGGAUGCUAGUGGAGCUGGUGUUGGAAAAGCUCAAGUUGAGUAAGAGUGAUUGGCAAGAUUGCGCGAGGAGUUUGGGCAAGGAUAGAGGAGGUGUAGGGAAGAGAUGGAAGAGCUUAAUGGGUGCUGGAGAGGUGGGUUUGAAGGGAAGGAGGAAGACGAGGUCGACAUUGCAUUCGACUUGGAGAUAG